GCGGGGGCGGACUUCCCCUCUCCAUCUGGCUCGCUGCGGGCGAAAAAUUCUCGAGAUUUUCCAGCAGGAGAGCCAGUGGCUUGCUAGGUGCUUGCUCCAGAAACAUCGGGGAAGGCAACCUGAUUUACCCAGCAGGAAAGCCCCUUCCCCGACCUCCGGUAAUCAAUUAGAAAAUCCCCAGGGACGUAACCAUCGCGAGUCACUUUUUACUGAUGACCAACACAAGCACCUCCCUUGACUGGAAUCUUAAAGAGGAAAGAAGAGGGAAGAUAUGCUGUUGAUGUAGUAUAGAAUGUCAAGGAAAAUCCCUUAAGUGAAGUGUAAAGCUGCAUCAUUUUUCCUGAAGACAUUCCAUUAUUGUUCUAGAGACCUUUCCCUCAUCCCUGAACUCUUUGGAGUUGAGUUAUGUCAACAGCUGCCUUAAUUACUUUGGUUAGAAGUGGUGGGAGCCACGUGAGGAGGAGAGUGCUGCUAAGCUCCCGCCUCCUGCAGGACGACAGGCGGCUGACACCCACCUGCCACGGCUCCACUUCAGAGCCUCGGUGUUCGCGGUUUGACCCGGAUGGUAGUGGGCGUCCAGCCACCUGGGAUAAUUUCGGGAUCUGGGAUAACCGCAUCGACGAGCCCAUUCUGCUGCCGCCCAGCAUUAAGUACGGCAAGCCGAUCCCCAAAAUCAGCCUGGAAAACGUAGGCUGCGCCUCGCAUAUUGGCAAACGAAAGGAGAACGAAGACCGGUUCGACAGCGCCCAGCUAACAGAUGAGGUCCUGUACUUCGCGGUGUACGACGGGCACGGCGGACCCGCAGCUGCUGAUUUCUGUCACACCCACAUGGAGACCUGCAUCAUGGAUUUGCUUCCUAAAGAGAAGAACUUGGAAACUGUGUUGACCUUGGCUUUUCUAGAAAUAGAUAAAGCCUUUGCGAGGCAUGCCCACCUGUCUGCUGAUGCAACCCUUCUGACCUCUGGGACUACUGCAACAGUAGCCCUGGUGAGAGAUGGUAUUGAACUGGUUGUAGCCAGUGUUGGGGAUAGCCGGGCUAUUUUGUGUAGAAAAGGAAAACCCAUGAAGCUGACCAUUGACCAUACUCCAGAAAGAAAAGAUGAAAAAGAAAGGAUCAAGAAAUGUGGUGGUUUUGUAGCUUGGAAUAGUUUGGGACAGCCUCAUGUGAAUGGCAGACUUGCAAUGACAAGGAGUCUUGGAGAUUUGGAUCUUAAAACCAGUGGUGUGAUAGCAGAACCAGAAACAAAGAGGAUUAAGCUACAUCAUGCCGAUGACAGCUUCCUGGUCCUCACCACAGAUGGAAUUAACUUCAUGGUGAAUAGUCAAGAGAUUUGUAAUUUCGUCAACCAGUGCCAUGAUCCCAACGAAGCAGCCCAUGCAGUGAUUGAACAGGCUAUACAGUAUGGUAGUGAAGAUAACAGUACUGCAGUAGUAGUGCCUUUUGGUGCCUGGGGAAAAUACAAGAACUCUGAAAUCAACUUCUCAUUCAGCAGAAGCUUUGCCUCCAGUGGACGAUGGGCCUGAUUGCUGGCUAUGACUUUGAGUUUCUGUGGAAGUGUUUUUCACUGAGUAUGUCAAGCAACUUACUAGAUCAAACAAGUCAGCUGUGCCUGGGUUAUUCUGUGGUUCACUAGAUCAGUACACAAGUCAGUGUAAAUGUAGUAACUAUUUACAUAGUAGUUUUUCAUAAGUAUCUGCCAUAUUUAUGUUCAACUGUACAAACUCAGUAUAAAUGUGUAAUUCAGCUAUUGUGAAUCUCAGAGUUGAGUGAGCAAAUGAAAAGUGGUUUUGACACACUUGCUGAGUGUUAAAUUUCUAAUCAUGAAAACUCUUAGGCAGCUACGAGUUUCUUUUGAUCAUUUUUGUUCUUUAUUCAUUUGAACAGAUUUUUGCCUUCAAGCUAUUUAAUACUAGUAGGUAUUGUGAUGGCUCUGCAAUAUGUUAGCUGCCGGUGUUUAUUUUUAAUAGUUCUACCAAGGAGUAAGUGUGAAAACUGAGUCCUGUGUGACUAUAUUUUGUAUUCUAGACCACUUACUGGUAAAUUUCACAAUGCAAAAGACGUUAAUGCAGACACUAUGACACUGCAAAAUUGUAUGCAUAUUUACAAUAGUGCACUUUCGUAUUUCAGUUGUGGCACUUGGGCUCCAUUCCCCCGACCCCCUUCAUUCCUCUUCUCCUGUAGCUAAGAGUGCUAUACAGAUAUAUAAGACUAUUCCUUUAUAUCAGAAAAAUAUGUACAGGGUGAGUCUUUUGGUCAAAGCUCUACAAACUUAAAUACGACGGUAUCAAGUAUUUUGUAUAGUUUCCAUUUGUCAUCUCUGUUUUGUGUUCUGUAUAUAGUAUGUUUAUGUCACUUUUUGUAUAGAGUAAGCAAGUUGGAAAAUGUGUCAGUAACAAUAAUAGCACAUUGACUGAUAAUGCUACAGACAAAGUGUGAGGUUCAUGUCUCCUUUUUGCUUAUUUCUAUGAUUCAUAACAAAGAAUAAAUCUAAAAUAUCAAAGCAUUCUAUAUUUCAGCUUGCUAAUGUAAUUUAGGAAUGUAAAGCUAUUCUUUAUAUCUGCAUGUAAGUUUGCUGUUAAAAUGUGAAUCUCUACAUGCGUGUUUGGAAUUAUAUCUGCGGUUUAUCUUGGCAGACAAUGUAAAUUUGUUGUUUGUGUGGGUAUAUGUACAUCUGUAAAUUCUGGAGUAAUAGAGAAUUAAAGGGAACAAUCCUGCAUAGCUCCUCCACCAGUUAGCUUUAAAUUAUUAAUAUGUUUAUCCCCAAGGAGUCUUGACAAAUGGAGGGCAGUUUUAUAGCAGAGAACCAAUGGUUAUUGGCAAGUGAGGAAAUAGAAUUAAAAUGGCUGUAGGAGAUACUUUAUGGUGGGUAAUUGAUGUGGAAAACACAGAAGCAGACUAGCAUGUUGAAGCUACAUUGCUAUAUGGUAAUUUGCAAAUAAUAGGAUGUGAGAAAAAUACUGAGUGUUAAGAAUAGCGUGGAGUUUUGUUAUAGAAACAAACAAAACAAGAAACCAAGAAGAUGAGAAGGUUGGCAGAGUGUAUAGCUCCCACUCUCAGUUCUCAUGGUUGGCUUGUUUUCUGUCUUUAUGUUUUAUUUAAGGUUUGUUACAAGGAAGACGGCCCAAAAUAUUCACACCUUCUCACCCCUUUUUGGUAAUGGAAGAAAAUAAAUCUUGAGUUUUCCUACACAUAUUAAUCAGAAUUUUCCUUUGAUAAAAAAGGUGACAAAGAAAUAUUUCUUUCUUUCUUUUUUCUUUUUUCAAGGAAGCUAAAGUAAAAAAAUAUUACAGAAAAGAAAAUAGUCUCCUGUUCAUUGUCUGGGAAAUGAGGAACCAAAGGUAGGCUAAGAAAGCUGGAAAACUUUCUUGCUCUUUCUGAAUUAGGUCCCUAGAACCUCCAUAUGGAAUAUAGAGAGUAUGGAGAAUUUCCAAACUCAUAAGAAAAUGAAAACUCUAAAGCACAAAAUGACAUUCUGAAAAUGGAGGUUUCAUUUUUGAUUUGAAUUCUUUAUUUUUUUAUUUUUUUUAAUAAAUUUAUUUUUUAUUGGUGUUCAA